UACCACUUACGCUUCCGCUACGAUUCUUGAAGGUGAAAAACAACGUAUCAGUUGUCAUUGCUUCUAGUGAUCAGUUUGUGGUUCUUUAGAAAAUCAGAUAAACAAAGUCUCUAAGAAAACAAUGAAAGUAUUUCUGGUAUUUCUGAUCAUUUGGGAAAUAACUGUUUUCGGAAAGGAAGCGAAACUUAAAGAUGUAGAGGAAUGUAAGAAUGGGAUGCUUCAAUUUUCACGAUUUGAAGGCACAUCAGGAAAAUAUGAUGAAGUGAUUGCAAGAGGAAAUCAGUUUGUUACGCUGCAAGACCAGACCUUAACAAUUUUCGACAAUUUUAAGCCGAUUCAUCAAAAGAAGCUUAUGAUUUCAAAAAGAAGACUGAAUUUGGAUUUAUUUAAAAAUAUUUUAUUCACUUUCAAUUCUUCUUUGGGAAUUUACAUACCAGAAAACGAUGAAAUAAUUUGGAAAGAAAGUCCUUAUGUUUCUUAUAAUCUGACAGGAAAUCAGGUUUUUGAUGACAAUAACACCAUUUAUUCAAUUAUCAAUGGUACAAUCUUCCAUGCGAAAACUACAGACAAAUUCUUUAAGUCUCUGCCAAGACUUGAAAGGUUCAAAAAUGUUACAAACCUAGUUAGAGGUGAUGGAGGUCAUAUUUAUUUUGCACAUGCAAGUGAAAAAACUAGUUGGAUUGUCAAUACCACAACUGAACAGACAAUUAUGCAGACAAGACUUUUAAAAUGUUUGAAUUUCGUUUGGGGUAAUUAUGGCGGGGAUGGUUAUUUAUCUCUAGUAGAUACAAAUUGUACUUUGAAAUCUUCCCGCAUUUUUUCAAGCUUCGAUGUACAUCAACCAAAUUUAGAAAAAACUAUUCAGUUUGAAUAUUGUAACUAUUCUCUUGAUGCGAGAUUCAUCCUUAGUUGUGAAGGGACAGGUGACGUAGCUUAUUUUUUCAAUAAAAACAGUGUUUAUCGUACUCUUUUACGAAGCAAUUCUGAGUACUCAUGUUUGAUAGCGAAGUUAGGGAAUAUUAAUAUUACCGCUGCUGCAAUUAACAAUAAUUAUAUUAUUCUGGCCACCUCUGAUGGCCUGUGGUUUUCCAAGUGGUGGUAAAAAAUGUAUGCAUACAUAAAAUUAUAGAUAACAAAUGGUCUAUUAUUAUGUGGUUCAUUCCUCUUAUUAUGAUAUAUAAAAAUGGAAACAAAUAAUUGAAUUGUGCUUUUUAUGAAUGAAAAUGAUUUAUUUAUUAUUUCGACUAAACAUAUC